GAGAGAGUCACGGACACACAGGCCGGUCCAGGUGCGGGAGCGGUUGGUCCGUCAUUGCUGCGCUUCGUCAGCUGCUGUAUAGAAAUUUUUGUACAGCUUGCAAACUACGCGGACCGACUAUUCUUGAACUUUCCCUUCGUCUUCAAUCUUCUACUCCUACUCCUCGGCUCAUCGAUCUUCUCAGUUCUCUCUCUCUCUCUCUCUCUCUCUCUGAAAUUUCUCUGUGUACAUCUGAAUUAUAGAGAGUACUGAGAAUGGGGAUCUCGUGGAGCAAUAGAAGGAGAAACAACAAUUAUUUCCAAAGCCACCCCCCGGUACUGCCUCCUCAUCUUGCGUCGUCUUCUUACUUCUACUCCUCUGAGCCCACCCCUCUCCCUGCGCCUCCUCAUAACUACGUUUUUGCCGCCAACGCCCCUUACCCUGCGCCUACUCCGCCUCCAUACCCAAACCCAACUCACAAUUUCUAUGCUGCACAUCCUCCCCUUCCUCCACCGUUCUAUUCCUCUUCUGGUCACAGUUCUUGCAAUUAUGGCAAUGCUAUGAUGGUUCGUCCAAAUUUCCCUCUUUAUUACGCCAAUCAGAGCAGCGGGUGGCCUGCGCCGGCGGUGAUUCCGGCGCCGCCGCCGCCGCCUUAUGUUGAGCACCAGAAUGCUAAGAAGGUCAGGAAUGAUGUGAACGUGCAUAAGGAUACGCUUCGGAUUGAGGUGGACGAGCAGAAUCCCGAUCAUCAUCUGGUUUCAUUUGUUUUUGAUGCGAUAUAUGAUGGGAGCAUCACUAUUUUUUACUUUGCUAAAGAAGAGCCCAACUGUAAGUUCAUCCCACUGUAUCCUGAAGCUUUUAUGCCGGUGAGAAUUCCAUUUCACAUGGGGCUUGGGCAGAAAUUUCGACAGCCUCCAGGAACUGGUAUUGAUUUAGGGUUCUUUGAGCUGGAUGAUCUUUCAAAAUCAUCCCCAGGAGAAGAUGUAUUUCCUCUUGUGAUCUCUGCCGAAACAUGUCCGCCAUCUCAUCCUUCAGAUGAACAUCUGAGUGAGUCUAUCCCAGGUGCAUCCCCUCAUCUGCAGAUUACUCAAGCCGUCCUGGAGAAGAACAAUGGAGACCCUUUCCAAGUAAGGGUAAUCAGGCAGAUUUUGUGGGUUGAUGGGGUUCGCUAUGAGCUGCGUGAGAUUUUUGGAAUCGGAAACUCAGCUGCUGAAGGCUUUAAUGACAGUGACACAGGAAAGGAUUGUGUGAUUUGCAUGACUGAACCCAAGGAUACAGCCGUGUUACCUUGCAGACAUAUGUGUAUGUGCGGUGAGUGUGCAAAAGCAUUGAGGCUUCAGUCAAACAAUUGUCCAAUAUGCCGCCAGCCCAUUGAGGAACUUAUAGAGAUCAAAAUUAAUAAUGGCGAUCAGUGAGAUUCUUUUCUUAUGAGAUUUAUUAUAUGGUAAGACUCAUUCUUUCUGUUCAUAUGUCAUCUUACCUUUGACAUAUGCAAUUGAUUUUUUUUUUUACAAUUUUCUAGUCACACAUUUAAGUCCUACAGUUAUGUUAAAUUGAAUUCUGUGUGAACUCUAAUUUUAUGGCUGGGCAUGCAUGAGUCUGCAAGUGCUGUAAAUCUGGGUAGUUGUAUGGCAUUUUUCUUGUUCGAUUAAAUAUCCUAGUGAAGUAGAGGAAUAAUCUCCACACCAUGUCCCAACCAUUUUGCAUCAGCAGCUGAAGUUUUAAGUAACAUGUAAUUUUCUAUACGAGAGUUGUGUCUCUGCUUUUGCUUUAUUUCUCCUACCCAUUUGAGUAGUUUCCUAAUCCUGCUCCUUUGUUGAACUUUCAGUAUAUAUUUUCUUUUAUCCUUCGGCUGUGAAGUGUGGAGAUUCAAAAAGCUAAAGAGAGUGGUUGCAAGGCUACUAGACUGGAUGAACAUUCCAGGUGUAGUAUGGUGCCCUUUUCCCCCUUGGUCUGCUAACAGCCAAAAAGAGAGGCAGAGGGGGAAUAUUUACUUGAGAAGUUACCAUUAAAGAGGGAGAAACUCAGAAUCUUCAGAGCUUGGAUGGGUGGUUGGUCCCUUUGAAUGGAAGAAAGUAUGUAGUUCUGCAAUUAUAUUAAUUAUUCUUUUGUAACUUUAAGAAUGUCAGCUGUAUAUGGCAUCUCUGAUGGCUUCUUUAGUUCAUCAGAGAGUGGAGGAGGAUAUAGUCAAUAUGUUUUGAUGGAUCUGAUUAUAAUUUUUUUUAUGCAUACUUUGUAAAUAUUGUGCCUCAGUGAUCCAGUGAAAUAUUUGAAAUGCAAGUUAAUUCUCAUGUUAAUGAUCAUCUGUAGUUGAAACAA